GUUAAUUAAACAAUUUGGUGUUUAAUAGAACCUCUGUUGCACUACGCGGUUGCUAACCUCUCUGUUAAGGAGAAAGUAAGAGCAUGCAUCGGGACUGAGUUCAUGUCGGUGGUGUGAAGAGCGUGAAACUGACUCAGGGACCGAUGACGUUACGGCCGUAGUGCUCCGUCGAUCAAUGCGGCGGCGAACGAAAGUCGGUGUGCUAGAGAUACCGCGAGCCAAUUAUAGCAGAUGCUACACUAGUCCGAUCCUAGCACCACAUUCAAGAAGGUUUCGUGUGUGUUUCAACGUCUACUAGACACACAACCUUGAGUGGAGAUCACUGUGUUCGGAGAUUCUAAGUGAGGACUUCCACUAAACAUCGGGCGGUCGGAUGAUGCUGUAUCGGGCAUUGCUGGCGAUCUUCCCAACUCUUCUGACAAUUCUACACUUGCCUCAAGCAACAUCGCAGAUCCACAAUGGUCUGAGCAGACGUGAACUGCUUGACCAGAUAUUGAAGAAUUCAUCACAUGAUCCCAGAAUUCCUCCUGAUUACGAAAGAGACCAGCCGACGAAUGUUACCCUCCAGAUCCACAUACUCAGCUUCGAUUCCAUCAACGAAGGGUCUAUGGAUUAUUCAAUCAACAUAUACCUCCGUGAGAAAUGGAUCGACAGUCGGCUGGCUUUCAUGAACUAUACAAAAUCUGAUUGGCUCGAACUGGAUACCCGGAUGUUAGAUCAGGUGUGGGUCCCUGAUGUAUAUUUCCAGAAUGAAAAGAAGGCUGCUUUCCACAAUAUUACUGUACCCAACAGACUCAUACAUCUUUACAGGAACGGCACAGUUAAUUACAGUCUAAGGCUGUCCAUGACGCUGAGCUGUCACAUGUUCCUGGACCGCUACCCCAUGGACUCACAGAGUUGUCCCAUCAUCAUCCAAAGUUACACAUACACAACAGAUAACGUGGUGUUCUCCUGGACUCCCUUCAACCCUAUAACAACCAACACGAACAUGGAGCUACCGCAGUUCAACUUCCAGAAGUAUGAGAUAGUGGAGUGCCGGGACGUAUAUGAAAAAAGAUUCGCCUGCAUAAUGGCCAACUUCAAACUAAAACGAGACAUGGGCUAUUUCAUCCUUCAAGUGUACGUGCCCAGUGUUCUAAUAGUAAUCCUGUCAUGGAUAUCUUUCUGGAUAGACAUUGGAGCUGUCCCUGCUCGAAUUUCAUUGGGCGUCCUCACCGUGCUCACUAUGACAACGCAGAGUUCCGGUGCACAGUCGUCACUUCCGCGUGUCUCGUAUGUCAAGGCUAUCGAUGUCUGGAUGUCGAUAUGCUUGUUCUUCGUCUUUACAGCUCUACUCGAGUAUGCAUAUGUUAAUGUACAAACACGACGGGCUCAAAACCACCCAGAAAGAUAUAAAACUAAAACCAAGUCACCCGAUACCAGCAGAUUACAGCCAUCAGAAAGUGACAGAGAAACAGCUACCACGGUACGGAAGUCAUUUAUAGCAGCGCGUCAGCUGGACAAAUUUUCACGAUGGAUGUUCCCCCUGAUGUUCAUCCUUUUCAAUAUAUUGUAUUGGUGUAUAUACCUGCACGUUGACUGAAAAACGUUAUAUGUGUCUUGAAUUUACAUUGGACUGUUUUCACUUUUGACUGAUGUACAAUGUAUGCACAGUGUUGGCGACUGAAUAACGUCAUUUCAUGACACAUUUUAUGAAAUACUUUACAUUUUUUAGUAUAUUAUUUUUAUACAUAUCUGUACAUUAAACGUUAACGUUAUGGGUGUCUGUUGCAUAUAUGCAAACGCAUAAUUGAUAUCGAUAUGAACAUCGAUUAUCAUUAGCAUGUAUAUCUGGAACAACUUUAACAUAUUGCUGUUGGAAAAUAAUCCUUUUUAUGCUUCGAAUUAAGGCUAUAGAAGUCACAAAUCGCCGUGGUUCAUUUCUUUGAUAUUUCGAUUUUUAGUGCGGUAUUUUAAGAUGAAACUAUUGUGCAACAUUACACAUUGUAACAUGGUGUACUAAUCUCGGCCAGCUCGAUAAGUAAUAACGGUAGGAACAGAUAUUUCUUUUGUAUGUUUAGUCCUUGAUAUACGUUAUCAUAUUAGCAAGUUUUUAUUUCGGAAGAAUAUAAUUUGACUGUUAUGAAGUCGAUGGAUAUAAUUUCGGUACGUCACAAAGUUUUACCCAAUGUUAGAAGGCGUUUUUCAAUUGUGUUCCUCUAUCUAACCCAACAAACGUGUACAUCUGUACACAUUAUCAAGUGCCUAUCUAUGACGACAAGUCGUGUAUGUUUCACUGAUGAUAUGAUGUGGUGAUAUCAAUGUUUAUCAGUAGCUGUUGACUUCUCUUGAAGUCAUGUCAAAUUUCAGUGUUAGUCGAGCUGGAGAUAGAUAUCGACAUGUUUUAAAGCAUUAAUUGCGAUGCAAACAAUGUACGGAAGUAAUUGUGGUUACCCCAUGCUAACUGAAAUAUGUAUUCAUGCAUUCCAAUAACGACCACUUUCUGUUUGUGAUCGUAUCUUCAAACUUGUGAUUUUAAGAUUUUGAAAUAAUGUUUACUUAAGUGUUUGUUAAAUAUACUCUAAUAUGAAGUCGUAUCAUAUGUGAAGUUAAGUCCUCCGAUGAAUAACGUUCAUGCGAAGCACCUUCUAUAUACAUUGCACCCAUUCCAUUACAAUUGUGUACAAACACGAUUCAUAUUACCUAUAAAAGAACGAUCCGUUUUUUAUAAUAUCCUUUCUUUCUGAAAUAAAAUACUCUGACUACGA